UCGCACUGCUGGAGUAUGGAGUUCACGUGGAACGCUCUACUCACUACACUGGCCUGUUCAGGAAUUGUAGGGAGUCUGGGUACUAGUAACUAUCUGGAGCAGCCUUGUGGCAUUGUUCCGGUUCACAAAUUCAAAAUAGUUGGAGGCCAUACUGCCCCAAGGGCCUCAACGCCAUGGAUGGCCAGUUUGAUAGGAGAAAAUGGUUUUAUAUGCGGGGCCACACUAAUCACAAAUCGCUUUGUUCUGACGGCUGCUCAUUGCUUGGGCAACGGAGAACUGAGAGUGCGUUUGGGCGAAAACGAUCUUUCGAAAGGUGGCCAGGAGUUCAAAGUCGAUGCAAGGAUUAAGCACCAUAAUUAUUCAGGAGAUAGGCACGAUAUAGCCCUUUUAAGACUAAGUGCUAGAGCUCAGUAUACAGAACGCAUCAGUCCGAUCUGUUUGCUCUUGGAUCCUCUUUUCAGUCAUCUCGAAGACCAUAUAAUAAAGUUUAGGACCUACGGCUGGGGUGAGAACCAGUUUGGAAGACUCAACACAAUCCUGCAUAAGACUAGCCUUUACAACACAGACCGAGUGAACUGUUCCAGGGAGUUCCAAAAUCGGAGUAUCGAUCGGGAUCACAUUUGCGCGAAGGCUGCUAAUUCAAGCACUUGCAACGGCGACUCCGGAGGUCCUCUGACAGCUAUCGUAACUUAUGAUCAUGUGGCAACGGAGUUUCAGUUUGGAAUCGUCAGCUUUGGGAAACAGGAUUGCGGGGGAGUCACUGUAUUUACAAAUGUCAUGUCCCAUUUGGAGUGGAUCGUGGAGAACGUUCGCAAGGCAGAGAAAAUCUAAGCUAAAAACUGGGAAUUGCCCUUAAUUCUAGAUUUCUUUUUGUUUUGAAUGAAUAAAUGUUUCGCAAUUGGUUUCCUGUGUA